UACUAAUUUAUUCUGUGAUCAAGAUUUGAGCACCUAAGCUGCAUGAAAGACUGUUUGGUUCUGUUUCUUUCGAAUGUUAUUGAAUUAUACCUCGUGUUUAAUUUCGCCGUCCAUGCUGAAAACUUUGCAGAAUAUUGAAGAAGUUAGUUUAAACGGAUUACAAAUAUGAAUCCAAAUCGUCCACAAAUGGGGCGGGCAAGGGGCCGUGCUAAAGCCCCACCAGCUGCGGGUCAAGCUCCAAGACCUGGACAAGCACCCGAAACAAUGAGACCUGGGCCAACGUCACUCCCAUCUCAACCUGGACGCACAAUGGCUGAACGGAUUUCAGAGAGGGCACAACCUCCUCCAGGAAUGAGCCAUCCGCAGCAGCGUCAACCUCCAAUGCAACAACCGGCUCCUGUUUAUCAACCUAGUGGUGAAACUAUUAGACCUGGUGUGCCUACUGUGCAACAAGCUACUGGUAGGGCAUUGACACGCAGACCUGAAGGAUUUGAAAGCGGUAAAGAUACUAAAAGUGUACGUACUGUUGGUGGAGAUGUACCCACAAGUGCUGGCAGAGGAUCAAUGAGAGGAGGCCGUUUGGCAACUAGUUUGGAUACUAUACGUACUAAACCGGAUACCAUUACCGUCAAACAAGGUUCUACUGGUCGUCCUGUUAGACUAAAAGCUAAUUAUUUCCGCCUACUUCAUCAGACGAAUUGGUGUCUCUAUCAAUAUAGAGUUGAUAUGUCGCCAGAGGAGGACCGGACUUUUGUUAGAAAAGCUUUACUAGCAAAUCACAAAAACACAAUCGGAGGAUAUAUUUUUGAUGGAACUGUUUUAUAUUGUUCGCACAGAUUGAAUCCUGAUCCAAUUGAAUUGACUUCAACCAGAAAGUCUGAUGGCAGUCAAAUUUUGAUUCGAAUUAAAUUGGCGAGUCAGAUAACUGCAGGAGAUUAUCAGUAUCUUCAAUUCUUCAAUAUUCUUAUGCGUAAAUGUUUUGAAGGUUUGAAACUUCAAUUAGUUGGUCGCAAUUACUUUGAUGCAUUAGCAAAGAUCAACAUUCCUAAACAUAAGCUACAAUUAUGGCCUGGUUAUGUUACAUCUAUAAGACAGCAUGAAACUGGAAUCCUUAUGUGCAGUGAAAUUACCCAUAAAGUAAUGCGUUUAAGCACUGCUCAUGACAUUCUUAUGGACUGUAAGAGAUCUGCAAACUUCAGAGAAGAAUUUGAAAGAAACAUUAUGGGUACUGUGGUCUUGACAGACUACAACAAUAAGACUUAUCGAGUUGAUGGUGUGGAUUGGAACAUGAGCCCUGCAUCAACAUUCAAGAAGCGUACAGGAGAAGAUAUUUCUUUUAUGCAAUAUUAUAAGGAUAGAUAUGGUGUGCCAAUAAGAGACAAAUCCCAACCUAUGCUUAUUAGCCGAUCUACUGAUAAGGACAUUAGGUCUGGACUUGCCAAGCUUCAGGCAUUAGUUCCAGAACUCUGUCGAACUACUGGAUUGACUGAUCAGAUGAAAAACAAUAAUCAGCUUAUGAGCUCCUUGGCUGAGCAUACACGUGUUAGUCCUGAUAACAGAAUCCAAAAACUUUUGGAUUUCAAUCAGAGGUUGAGAAAUACUCCUGAGACUCAACAAGAACUGUCUGCCUGGCAAAUGAAGUUAGACAAUAACUUAAUUGAUUUAUCAGGAAGAGUACUUCCAUAUGAAACUAUAAUUCUGGGAUCAGUCAAGGUUCCUGUAGGACGCAAUUUAGAUUGGAUAAAAGAUGUGCGAUCAAAUCCAUUAUUGCAUAUUGUUCCUAUUCGUACAUGGCAUGUGCUUUUCCCGACAAACUUCAGGAAAGAUAUCUUUGAAUUUGUCAAGAUCUUGCAGAAAUCAUCUGCAGCAAUGAAAGUGACAAUGGCCAAUCCUAUUUAUAAUGAUUUGCGUGAUGAUCGAACUUCAACCUACGUUGAUGAACUAGAAAGAAUAUUGGGUUCUGGAAAUCCAGAUAUAAUAAUGUGUGUUGUGCCUAAUAACAGGAAUGACAGAUAUUCGGGCAUUAAGAAAAAAGCCUGUGUGGACCGUGCAGUGCCAACUCAAGUUAUUUUGAGCAAAAAUCUAACAUCUCGUGGUGUUAUGUCAAUAGCUACAAAAGUUGCAAUUCAGAUGAGUUGCAAAGUGGGUGGUGCACCUUGGUCGGUUGAAAUACCUGUAUCUGGUUUAAUGGUGAUUGGUUUUGAUGUAUGCCAUGACACACAAAGUAAGUCCCGUUCCUAUGGUGCUAUGGUUGCCUCAUUGGAUCAGAAUUUAACAAAAUAUUUCUCAGCGAUCAGUGUUCAACAGCCAGGACAAGAACUUGCUGAUGAUUUGGUUGUUAAUGUUACAAAGGCUCUUCACAAGUUUGCUUCUGUUAAUGGAGCUUUUCCACAAAGAAUCAUAUUUUAUCGAGAUGGUGUAGGUGAUGGACAACUCCAAUAUGUUUACAACCAAGAAGUAAAACAAAUGAAGUUCAUGUUGCGUGACAUGUAUAAGGGCACUCCCCCUAAGAUGGCUUACGUCAUUGUAAGCAAACGCUUAAAUACUCGCAUAUUUACAGCUGAUGCUAAAAAUCCUGAACCUGGCACGGUUGUAGAUGAUGUAAUUACUUUGCCUGAACGGUAUGAUUUCUACCUCGUGAGUCAGACAGUCAGGGAUGGUACAGUAUCACCUGUUUCUUACAAUAUUAUUGACGACACAUUUGGGCUGCCUCCUGACAAAAUGCAGAGACUCACGUACAAGUUAACUCACAUGUACUACAAUUGGUCAGGAACAUCCCGCGUUCCUGCUCCUUGUCAAUAUGCCCAUAAGUUGGCAUUUUUGAUUGGGCAAUCCCUUCAUAGGGCUCCUAAUCCAUCAUUAGAUGAUACUCUUUACUUCUUGUAGUUCAAUGAUUUGAACUUAUAUAUUUUUGGCAAGUAUAUAGUUAAAGCUUGUUAUAAUCUUCCAGAUAUUAUGAAUUAGGAACUAGGAACUAUGUACCUGUUAUUUGCCAUUUAUGUUUUUGACGCUAUGAAUUUAGAUUUUAAGUACUUAACAUUUAAUUGACGUUAUUUUCAUAUUGAUAAUUAUGAGUUGAUACAUACCAUUUG